AUGGAUUCUUCAUGCUUUCAAUACCCAAAUCUUCAAUUCUCUCCUGCUCAAUCCUCUUCUUCCUAUGUUUCUCAAGAAAACUUCUCACCAGAGUACUUCAAUUACCAAAACCAAGCCCUUCCUUUCAAUGAAAAUGACUCCCAAGAAAUGCUUCUUCUCGGAGUUCUAAACCAAGCCCCGGAAAACUCCUUUGAUACCACAUCCGUCAAUACUUUCAGAGAUGAUAAUGAAGUGAAUUCGCAAGCUAAUGAAGAGGAGACAGGAAAAGAGAUUUCUUACAGAGGAGUUAGGAAGAGGCCAUGGGGAAAAUAUGCAGCUGAGAUCAGGGAUUCCACAAGGAAUGGUGUUAGAGUUUGGCUUGGAACCUUUGAUACGGCUGAGGCUGCAGCUUUAGCCUAUGAUCAGGCUGCAUUGGCAAUGCGAGGUCCAAUGGCUAUACUCAAUUUUCCAAUGGAUAAAGUUUAUGAAUCACUUCAAGAAAUGAACUAUGGGUUUGAAGAAGGUUAUUCACCUGUUUUGACAAUGAAGAAAAGGUACUCGAUGAAGACCAAAAGAUCAGGGAGCAAGAAGAAGAAAGAGAAGGAAAUGGGGAUGGAAAAUAUCCUGGUGUUGGAGGAUUUAGGAGCUGAUUAUUUGGAAGAGCUUCUUAGUAUAUCUGAGAGUAGUGCAACUCCUUAUUGGCUUGAACCGGCAUUGAUGAUCAACAUGCAAGAGCUUAGCAGAAUUGAUGUUGUACAUUCAGAUACAUUAUCUGUAUAUUCCAAAGUGAAACAAGCACUUUCAACACUGGACUGGGCACUUAGAUGUGGUACCAUGCAUCCGCCUAGGGUAGCUGCUAGUGCCAAGUGGGCAAGCCCUUGGCUACUGAAUGAUAUCAUCAAGCUGACGCAGGAUUUAUUGAAAAUUUCGUCUGACCUCGCCGCCAUGGCCCAUCUGCUAAUUUGA